AUCCCCCUCCUUCUCCCUUUUUACUCCCCUCCCACCCGGCUCUAUGAAAUCUCUGGACAAUGUGCAUUCACUCAACUCCACUACAGAUCUCUCUCAGCCGGCUGGAGUGAGGAGCACAGGCAGUGUUAGGAAAGAAACAAAAAUAUAGGGUUCAAAUGAUAGGGAGGAAGGGUGCAGAUAGGCAACAGAAAAACACCAAGAAAAAAAAUAGCAUCAAGAAGAAACAUUGAAAGGCGUGGAGAAAGCCAGGGAUUUUAUUCUUAAAAAAGAAAAGAGCAUGGGUUCCCAGGUGAGCAGUGCCGCAGCUGUUCUCUUCACCUCUCUGCUGGCUUUGCUCAUUGGAUUUUCUUCAAUCUUGGGCGAGGAGCUGAGAGAAAGGGAUGCACUGUGUCACUCAGAAGGUUGCUUUGUUGUCUACUUUCAAAGGAAAACUUUCCUGGACUCCUGGAGGGCCUGCAAAGAGAACGGUGGCAACCUAGCCACCAUCAAACGCAAGAAGGAUGCCACCAGCAUUACUAAUCUCUUCCUCAAUAUGGAUUUGCCCCAUUCCCAUUCUAACGUCAGAGUCUGGAUUGGCCUGCAGCGCCAGCCUCGCCAAUGUUCUGCAACUCGCCCGCUGCGGGGAUUUUCUUGGACUACCGGCGACCAGGACACGGACUAUACCAACUGGCAGAAGGAGGACUCCCCCAGUAUGUGUUCAGUGCCACGCUGUGUGGUCAUGGGCUACAGCACACAAGACCAGACUGAUAACUUCAAGUGGCUGGAUGGUUCUUGCUCAGUCCCUGUGGACGGGUAUCUCUGCUAUUACCCCUACAAUGGAAUGUGUCCUGCCUUGCAGAGUGAGGGGGCAGGAAACGCCCUCUACACCACGCCAUUUAACCUCAUAAGUACCCUGCUGACCCACAUACCCAUUGAAUCUGUUGCUAUCUUACCCUGCCCGCAAGGCACCAAGCAAGAACAGACAGUUGUGUGCACGCUGAGGGAGGAUGGCUCGGCGGGGUGGUCAAGAGAAACCCCACUUUGCUCCAACCACUUAGUAUCAUUUAACUGGUGCGACCAAAACGGCGGCUGUGAGCAUUUCUGCAGACCGGCCAAUGGUCACUUCUACUGUGAAUGUGCUGGAGGCUAUCAGCUAGGAGAUGAUGGGAAAAGCUGUGAGCCGUAUGACGUGUGUCAAGGGGCCCCCUGUGAAUCUGAGUGCGUGCCCCUCCCAGAUGGCUACCGCUGCGCCUGUCCCGACGGAUACAUGCUCGCGCAAGACGAACGCGGCUGCCUGGAUGUGGACGAGUGCACCCAGAGUCCCUGCGAGCAGCUUUGUGAGAACGCGGAGGGGACAUUCGAGUGUCGGUGCUGGGAGGGUUACGAGCAAGACGACAAGGGUGGUUGUAAAGAUAUAGAUGAGUGUAUGAAUGACCCGUGUGAACAUGAAUGUGAGAACACUGAAGGAUCUCAUAUCUGCCUCUGCAGUCUGGGGUUUUCCCCAGUGCCCGAGGAUCCCAGCCGAUGCCAGGACACUGAUGAGUGCCAGAUCCAAGGGACCUGUGAGCAGAUGUGUGCGAAUUAUGACGGCGGAUUUCAGUGCGACUGUGAGGAAGGCUAUGAACUCCUGUCCGAUCGCAGCUCGUGUCGAAAGACAGGGGAAGGGGACGGUCAUUUCGCUGUCACCCCUCCCUAUCCGUGGGCCACCCCCCAGCCCGGAUAUGAGUGGGACCCCACGGACUACGGCUGGGGGACCACUAAGGAGGACCAGUUUCCAAACUGGCAGCCUGGGUGGGAUUCUGAGUCUGGUUUGCAUGUUAUUUGGGUCACCCGUGCCCCAGAGACAGGACAACCGUUUGAUUCAACAGUCUCCCCUGACACACACGGGACUGAGGAAGCUACAGACGUAGCUGAAGAUGAAAGUUUGUCCACUACCACCUACACUACCACCUACACUACCACCACGUCGACACCCAGUCCAACCUCCAACACUUUCUCAGACGAGUAUGAAGGUGACGGUGAGGAAGUAAGUACGCCUUUUCCCUUCCUUUCCACCUCUGUGAUAUCUGAGGGAGCUUGGAAUUGGUGGGACAGUCCGAGUCCAGAGUCAGAUGAGACAGUAGAUCAUAUCUCUACUGUUUUCACCCAGUCUACCGCCUCCCCGUCACCUUUAACCGAGGGCGCCGGACGUGACGACACCAUGGUUCCUGCGGAGCCUGUAGACAAGGAUCUAGGGCAGGGCAGAACCUGGCUCCUUUUAGGCCUCCUUCUGCCCAUGUGCAUCUUCAUCGUGGUGAUGGUGGCACUCGGUAUCAUCUACUGCUCCCACUGUGCUGUCCGGUCACGCAACACCAACGCCCCCGACUGCUACCACUGGAUCUCUGGGGCCCAAGAUAAACAGGGAGCUCCUAACCCCUCAGUAGGGGUCAAGACCCACGUGUAAACAGGGAAGCAAGAAACUGAAAUGUAUAUAAACAGACUCGGUGUCAGUGGAAAGAAAAGAGGAGAUAAUGAACCUGGUAGUUGGUAGGAUACGUGAUCCAGCCUCCCCAUCUGUGGAGCAGGCGACUCUUAAAAGACAUUCGGACGUUGAAUGAGAGGUGAUGUUGAAAAUCAAUUACCUGUUUGGGAAUACACACCGAUCAGUCACAACAUAAUGACCACCGACCGGAAAAGUGAAUAGUAUUUAAACCAUGUUGUGACAAUUCAGACCUGGCAUUAAUUCAUGAGGAUGUUAUUUAGAUUAUGCAGCACCCACUUAGACCAGACCAGACACCCCCACCCCAUAGAAAUGACACACUAAAAUGCUUAAGGUGCAACUAAAAAACAAAAAACAAAACAUGAAGGACUGCACAAGGUGUUGAUUUGAUCUCUAGGGCUGAGCGAAUCGAUCUAAAUAUCGAUAGUAUCGAUACCAAGGCCAGUAUCGGUAUCGGAUCGAUACUAGCGUGAUGAGAUCGAUACUUUUGUUACAGUUUCAAACCAGACACGCCCGCCCCAUAGCGAUGGCACCCUCAGAAGGCCCACGUCCAUCCUCCGAUGAGCUGCACAACAGUUUUGAAGACCUUCACAGUAUCAGGAAGGUGGUCAUAAUGCUAUGGCUGAUCUGUGUAGUUUCUCUGUGGUACAAACUGCAACCUUGAUGCUGCACACACCGACCACGCGGUGCAACAUCUGCUUGCUUCCCGAUUGCACUAGAUGUCACAGUUUAAAUUUAUCUUUUACUGUCAGUUGUGUUUUUGAAGCGGAUUAACAUGUGAUGGACUCAUAUCAGCAUUUGGAGACAUUAGAUAAACGUCCCCUCCAGAUAAAAGACAUACAUCACAUGAGAUAAGAUUCAAAACCCAGAGUGGAUAAUAAAAGACCUUCUUUGUAUAUACUGGUUCUUUUGUCUGUUUUUGUUUCUUAUUAUCACAGCGCCAUUUGUUCUGAGGAAAUAUAAUGUUUAAUAAUUUAACCUGUUGGAAACGUGUUGGAUUGAACUCAGCUGUGUGGAGGCUGAUGCUGAUGCAGAUUCACUCAUUUUUGCGAUUUGAUACGACACCCAGGUCCUGAGCAUGAGGCCUCUGAUAGGAGCGAGUAUGACGUCCAUAGAAAACAGAAAUACAAUGAGCCAAUGGGUUUAAACUGUGAACUAUGACAAACAUCUGAUGUAAGUUUUUAUUUUUCUGUUAAAGUUUCUUAAUUAAAAACAAUGAAACGGG